UGACGCUCGCUGUAUCCUCCCUCCGCCAGCAGCCCGGCACACACCCGGUCCCGAAGUUAGCGCACCGGCAUCACCCGGAGGAGCCCCCAUCCCGCUGCCGGGGCGGCGGGCACAGGACAAGAAGCGACACCUCCCGGCGGUGACUGCGUUGCUAGCCGGGCUCCAGCUGCCCAGACACCCUGGCCGAGCCCCGGGCGUGCCGCUGCCCCCGGCCCUGCACGGCACACCUGCACCGCCCGCGGCACCGCCCCCCGCCCGCCGCUCCGCCACGGCCCGGCCCGGCCCGGCCGGGCUAUAAGAGAGGGCCGGCGGAGCCAGGCGGUUCAUGCUGGCGGCGGGAGGCGGCAGCGGCGCCGGGGCAUCUCCGCCCGCCGCCGCCAUGAAGUCUCCUGCAGCCCAGCGGCCGGCGGGGCAAGGGCCGGGGGCGGACGGCGGCGGGGGCCUGGCGGAGGCGCUGGGCGAGUUCGACGCGGUGCUGGCCGAGUUCUCCUGCCCCGCCGGCCGGCGCCGCUUCUACUACGGCGACCACCUGGAGCGCAUGAAGCGGCGGAGCAGCGCCAGCGUCAGCGACGGCAGCGGCCUCAGCGACUCCGAGAGUGCAGAUUCACUCUACAGAAAUAGUUUCAGCCUCAGUGAUGAAAAACUCAACUCUCCAACUGCAUCUACUCCAAGCUUGCCAUCUCCAUCUGUAACUCCAUGUAAAGCAAAGCUCGGAGACACAAAAGAACUGGAGGACUUCAUUGCUGAUCUUGACAGAACACUAGCAAAAAUUGUAUCUUCCAGUCACAGUAAUGGAUUCUUCAUUAUGAUUUUUAAGGAAAAAAAAAAACAAACUAAAAAACUGGCCACCUAUUGCCAGCCAGGUAUGUGAAAUUAAUUUUUGGCACUGUGCUUGCCUGUGGGUGUCCUCUGAAGGAUAAGUGACAUCGGUCCCUGAGAACUGCUGCCCUUGUCUGGUAACUUUGCUCCCCAAGAUACUCACCUCCUGCACAUAACCUUUGUAAACUCCUACAAGUAUUUAACUGUGGCGAUACCAGUUUUUUUAUGUUGCAGCAGAUGGAAUAAGAUAACUUAAAUGUUACAGCUCUAUUUAGCUUUAAAAUAUAGUUUAAAUUGUAAUUUAAAGUUGCUUUUAUGCAAAUAUAUUUGUAAUUUUAUAUAGUUGAGAACUUUAAUGCUUUUUUCCAUUAUAAUAUAUUUUUAUAUGCAAAUAAAUUCUGAACUGGAACCUGGAUGUCUGGAAGCUUCCUAUGUACAUGACAACUCUGAAACAUAAGAACAAAUUAAACUCUUAUUGAAAACAACAUGCUUUAAAAUAUGUCGAUAAAGGUGUAUUUCCUGUCUGGCAAAAUUUGUUAUGCUGGUUUUAUGUGAUUUGCUUAAAUAAGAGAAUUUUGUACUAUGUAAAAUUAAUGCAAUUGGAAAAAUAAUAAAACUGGUCAAACUGUUA